CGUAGGCACCGCAACUCUCCGUGCUGGCAUGUCAUAGUCCCGACUGUAGCUCAAACCACCGCGCCAGGGCUGACCAUAAGCCCACCAUACAAUGUCGCAAUCCCUCCGCCCGUACCUGCAGUGCGUGCGCACGUCCCUCACGGCCGCCAUCUCGCUCUCCAACUUCGCCUCGCAAGCUUCGGAAAGACACAAUGUGCCUGAGAUCGAGGCCGCAUCGUCGCCGGAAGUCAUCUUGAACCCCCUCACCGUCUCGCGCAACGAAAACGAGCGCGUCCUGAUCGAGCCCAGCAUCAACAGUGUGCGCAUAAGCAUUAAGAUCAAGCAGGCAGACGAGAUCGAGCACAUCCUGGUCCACAAGUUCACACGGUUCUUGCAGCAAAGAGCAGAAAGCUUCGUCAUUCUAAGGAGGAAACCAAUCAAGGGAUAUGACAUCUCGUUCCUGGUCACCAACUUCCAUACGGAGGAGAUGUUGAAGCACAAACUGGUGGACUUCAUCAUCCAAUUUAUGGAGGAGGUCGACAAGGAGAUUUCGGAGAUGAAGCUCUUUUUGAACGCAAGAGCACGUUUCGUCGCCGAGUCUUUCCUUACGCCCUUCGAUUAAGCGUCAUUUAGCGAGCAGUGUAUACUGGGGAGUUGAGACGAAGAGGGCCACGAAUCAAAACGAAAGCCCCUGCAAGAUUCAGGGUCGAUCGCAGACCCUUGAAUGGCAGGCAAACAGCAAGACCACAUCAUAGACAGCACCAUUCAAAGGCCGACUGAUGCCAAUUAACAAUCAUACCUCACAUGAACAAGUACUGCAUCCUAAUCCUCGUCUCCACGUCCAA